GGGCGUGAUGGGCGCGCUGCUGUGGUGGGACCCGCUGAGAGCCGGCAGCUCGGAGGUGGACUGGUGCGAGGACAACUAUACCAUCGUGCCCGCCAUCGCCGAGUUCUACAACACGAUAAGCAACGUCUUGUUUUUCGUUUUACCGCCCAUAUGUAUGUACUUGUUCCGUCAGUAUGCAAUCUGCUUCAACAGUGGAAUAUAUUUAAUAUGGAUUCUGCUAGUCGUGGUUGGAAUUGGAUCUGUUUAUUUUCACGCCACCCUCAGUUUUUUAGGCCAGAUGCUGGAUGAGCUGGCUAUUCUCUGGGUUCUGAUGUGUGCUCUUGCCAUGUGGUUCCCUAGGAGAUACCUGCCUAGAGUUUUUCGAAAUGACAGGAGCCGAUUUAAAGCUGCUGUGGGUGUCCUGUCUGGAAUUACCACCUGCCUGGCCUUCAUUAAGCCUGCCAUUAACAACAUCUCGCUAAUGACACUGGGAGUUCCCUGCACAGCUUUGCUCAUUGCUGAGUUGAAGAGGUGUGAAAACCUGCGUGUAUACAAACUGGGUCUCUUUUCGGGUCUUUGGUGGAUGCUAGCACUUUUCUGCUGGAUCAGUGACAAAGUGUUUUGUGAGAUCUGGUCCUCAUUUAACUUUCCCUAUUUGCACUGUGUAUGGCAUAUUUUGAUUUGCCUUGCGGCAUAUCUGGGAUGUGUCUGCUUUGCUUACUUCGAUGCUGCCUCUGAGAUCCCUGAGCAGGGCCCUGUCAUAAAGUUCUGGCCCAGUGAAAGGCAGCACUUCAAGUGUCAUAGGAAGAGAACGGAAGUGUGUUCAUUCUUCUCUGAAGAAGACAGAGGAAGCAAGAACAUGGGGGCACUUGAGCACUAAAGUAACCAAAUGGCUUCUUUGUUUUUUGCACUGUGUUUUUGAUGUAGCAUUUCCCUUGAUAAAAGCCCUUUUCAAAUACCAGGAUCAAGGAAUGAUCUUUUUGUAGUAGGUCACCUUUAGUGCUUGAUCCACUUCUUUUGUAACUUUGUUUGCAAAAGAAGGCAGUCCAAGAUGCCUACAUGCCAUCCUGUGUCCUUCUUAGCUCUGAUUUUGCUGCACUUACACAUGGCCACAAGAGAGUGCUCGAAGUCCGUGCUAUUCCCAGCCUGGUGUGGCACCAGGCUGUGCAUCACUUUGGAUCACAGAAUAUAGGGUUGCUUUCCCAAGUACAAAAGGAGAUGAAGCUGCAGUUUGCAGCUGGAUUAUUCUGUAAGUGCAAUUAGGCAGUGUAAAUGCAGAGGGAGCUGACAGAAGUCCCUAAAACUAGGUAAGAGUUCAAGGAUUUUAUUGUAUUUCCACUGUCCUGUGAAUACUUAUAUGCUGCAUAUUUCCUUCUUGCAGAAAUGUCACAGAAAUCUCUCUCUACCUCUUGAGGCAUGUUUGGUCUUGAAUUUGGCAUUGAAGUGCUCACAGAAUUGUGGACAUUACCUUCAGUAAGAUCUCAGGUCAGCAUUGAUUGACAGUGUGAUUACACUGUAAAAACUCAUAGGUGCCUAGCUGCAUGUCUAAUUUAAGAGCUGUCUUCUCACCAGUGCAUUGCAAAGUGAUGUAAAAAAUAGUCCAGUGCUCUGCUGGUUAUACUUAGGAAAAAAGUAAGUAACUGCUUAAAAGCCAGGCUGAAGACCUAGAUUUCAGUGAGCAAUGAAAUGUGAUAUUGAGUCUUGCAUUCUUGCAAAAGAUUCUGAUUUUUCUGGGUGUUUUCAGUUCAUUUUGUAAAGACAAAGGAUGUUUUAGGUCCAUUCAGUUUUAAGGUUAUUGGUGUGGAGGUUCAGAAAUGGCUGUAGUUCUUGCAAGCAAUUAAUACAAGGCCUGUUUAAAAAAAUUGUGCAAAUUCCAGGCAUGUUUUUCAAGUAUGAGCAAUUGUAGCUGCUAACAGCUGCAGUUUUGGAGAAAGAAGGGUCUACUCACAUUCCUCAGAACUCUAAUAUCAGACCUCUAAGUGGGAUAAGGCUUUGAAUGUACACUUUUGUUAAUAAGUAUCAUUUCCUUUUUUAGUAGUUGACCAUGAAAUACGAUUUUCUCUUUUACCUACAUGUCUCAUGUCAUACUUGUUUUUCAUCAAUGCAAAAAUGUACUCUAUACAGUAUAAUCUUUAUGAAAGCGGCUUUUAGCAAGAACUUUGGGCUGAAUUAAUUUUCAAGAGUUUAAAAACCUUUUAAACUUUUAUAUUAAAAAUUAUGCUUAGAAAGCAAGAAGAGUAUCAGCUGUAUACUGAUACUCUUGUACCAAAUUGUUAGUGGGAGAUACCACUUUUUUUUGAGACCUUCAAAAUGGGUGAGUAGACUACUGUCAGAUGACUGCCAAAUCAUAAAAGCAGCAUAAAGCCUUUCCAAUGGAAUAGUACAUAUUUAUACCACUUGCUAGUAGAUUUGAAACAUCUAUUUUUUGGCACACAGUGAUAAAAUUUUUUAUGAAAUCUCUUUGUGAAAAUUUAUGCGGUGAUGUUUGUUACUCUUUGAAACACAGCUAUUUUUUUCCUUUUCCUUCCUCUCCCCCCAAUUAUGAAAUGCUCAGCUUCAGACACUUCUCAGGUAUUAAAAGUUCUAUUAUUAGAUCCUUAUAAAGAUAGGAUUGCUGGCUGGAACCCAGCUAAGUUUUCUGAUGCCUAACAUGGUCCUACUUUGAGUAAGACUUUUUGAUAGUGUUUGCUAAAUUAUUAUGUUAUGAUAAAUAAGUUAUUUUCAGUAUUGCUUGGGAAGCUAAUAACUGCAGACAUAAUGUACUAUUCAAAGUGACUGGAGCCUUUCUACUUAAUAUUUUGCUUGAAAGCAACCUCUGACUCACAGGGCUCUAGUUAAUCUGCUGUCAGUUGCUGUCUUCUACUCUGCAGAGUCUGACUGCUCACAAGGAAGUAAUUUUGUAAUUUAAAAAAUCUCAGAAGGGCAUUCAGCUGUUGAAGAAGUAAAUUAAUGCAGAUAACAGGCCAAGAGUCAUGUCCUGUAUUUUUAUUAUCUAAUAUCUUUUUUACCCUUUGUGGGAGAUUUUGUGAACAAAGAUUGUUAUGUGUUGUUCAAAGCUUCACUGUAAAACUUGUUGGUGUAUUCCACUGUAGCAGCAGCUUACCACUUUUAGAUUUAGUUAUUGCACUUUACAUUAAAUUAGUAUUAACUUAUAUAACCAAAAAUAGCUACACUAAUUUUAAAAAAUAAAAUUGGAUUUUUUUACAAGAUUCACAGUUUUACAGAUUGCACCUACACUAAUAAUAAUAUUAGUACCCAAAGAAGUAUAUGAUUGGCAUAUGGGAGGGUUUGUGCACUGGAUCAUACAGAUUGAUAGAGAAUGCACAAGGAGCUGUAUUACAUUACAUGCUGUAUAAAGUGAUUUAUAUGUGCCUGCAGGUUUUAAAGCCCCAGAAUGCUUUCUUUACUGCCAGCAGGAAGUGAUUUAGUUCCUAGUGCUUAGGUUUAGUUAGUAUUUUAGUCUGUUUAGUGGGAUGCAAUACUGUGAGUGUUUUGUAAAUAUUGACAUGUGAUAUCCAUCAUUCCUUUAAUGUUAAACUUCAGGUUUUUCAAGAAAGGAUACUUAUUUUUCAGUGGUGGCGAACGCUCAAUUCACAGUCAUUAACAACUCAAGAAGUAAUGUGUAAGGAGUGGUGUGGGGUUAGGGGUUUCUUCUAUCUCCGUUUAAGUUUGUAUACCAAAUGUUUCUGGAAAAUAUGUAAUACUUUGCAGCAUUAAACUGUA